AUGAAGUGCAAAUUAAGUGACUUUCUGAUAAAGUUUUCCAUAAUACCAAUUCUUUAUGCAGCCUUAGAUGCAGCUACCGCUACAAUUAUCUCAGUGACUAUCCUAACUGUCUAUAGAGAUUUAAUUGGACUAUUUUUAAGAUUGAAACCAAUGCCAGUCAUGGAUGUAUGCACCUUUUUCGGUUUAGAUGGCUCUCAUAGCAAUAUAAUGUCAGCAAUAUACUUUGAGAGACUUUCCGCCGACAAAGCCAAAGAAAGAUUUAGUUUGUUAAUCAGCAAGAUCCCAAAGAUGAGAUACUCUAUUGUUAACAUACUAGGAGAUUUAUACUACAAAGAACUGCCAUAGAAAUAAGUUCUUGACAUAAUUUUCAAUGAAAUUCCAAAGGAUCAACAACUUAAAGAUCAGAAAGACAUAGAUAGGUACAUUUCACAAAACAUCAACAUUCCAUUCGAUUUCUCUAGACCUUAAUUUGAAAUCUUUUGGCAAGAAAACUAUUAAGAAAAAUUCUCGCUUCUAUUAUGGAAAUAGCAUCAUAGUUUCUGUGAUGGUGCCUCCCUUGUUUCAUUCAUUAAUAGCACUGCUGAUAAGUUCGAUAUCAGUGCUCUCUUUCCUAUUAAGGAGGUCUCCUCAGUAUAGAAAAUAAUUCUUAAGCUGGGAAUACCUUUCUAUUUCAUGAAAAUGAUUGUGGCAUUCUUAACUCUCUCUUUUAAAGAAAAUCCAUUACACGAUGGUAAGAGGCAAUUGACUGGUAGAAGAUUUGUGUCAACAGGGAAAUUUUUUGAGUUUAAUGACGUCAAGGAAUGUGCUAAGACGUACAAAGUAACAAUCAAUGAUCUUGUGACCUCCUGCUUAUCAACUGCUAUAAAAGAAUACUUUAGGCUUUAAGGUGAUACUAAGUCAAACUUUGUUAACUUGGUGAUCCCAGCUAAUAUUAGAUUCAAGCACUAUCAAUCGAUUGAAGACAUUAAACUUGAAAACAAGUUUGCUGUUGUACCAUUAAGAAUACCUCUCUUCGAUGACAUAAAAACUUCUUUAAGAGAAAUUCCAAAGGCUACCUCAAGACUAAGAUCUGCCUUUGGAGAAGUAUAUGCUACAUAUUUUAUGACUAAGUUUGCAACUAAAUACUUCCCCUACUUUUUCAGCCAAUGGUAUGUCAAUUUUUCAUCAAUGGCCUUUACCAUGGCACUUUCUAAUACUCCUGGAAUACUUAAGCCUCUUGAAUUAAGUGGAUCGAAGCAAAUUUAUGGCCAAAGCUAUAUUUAAACUGCUGGUCAUUGUGGAUUGACUUUCUGUAUUCUCUCAUAUGUAGAUAAGAUCAGGAUGACUGUAAAUGUCGAUGAAUCAAUCAUGUAAGAGCCAGAAGUCCUAAAAGACUUGGUUGAGAAAUAUUUAGAUCAAUGUAUUGAAAUGACCAAGCAAUGA